GCACGGAAGAUUACGCGGAGAAAGAAAAAUUACAUUUGCAGAUAAAAAUAGUAACAUCAGCACAUCAUCAGCAUCACAAUGGCGCACUGGUUUCACAGAAAUCCGAUAAAAGCUUCUGCUCCUGUGACAUUCGAGUCAAUUCGUCAUGUAGCGGCCAAUUCUUCCUCUUCCAAGAUGUUAUCGUGAGUUGAGCUUAAGUUAUUUUUUUUGUUGUGACUUAUACAGGCCUACUAUUGACUGGAAUAUAAGCUUACUUGUUUAAUUCCCUUGGGAUGCAUUGAACAAAAAUACAUCUGAACGGUAAUUUUCACAAGCUCUCAUGUCUAGAAAAGUGGAAAAGUUUGUCAUAUGGCAAGUAUUUGAGAACAUGUUAGAUGAAGCUAGUGUGCAAAAAAAAAGUUGAGAAGGAUGAAUGUAUUAUAAGUUUAAAACUCAUUUUCAUGGGGCAUUUUAUAGAUUUAAUAUUGCAUUAUAAAAAAAGCUCCCAGCGGUCCAUUUGUUUAACAGGUAGUAGAAGAUCAGAAUUUUGAAAUCUGGUUUGUUUCAAAUGUUACCUGUCAAAGUGACAGAUCUGGGCUAAACUUUAGAAUGCCUGUCCACUUAUUUGUAUUUCAGUGAAUAACCAAAGUUCUUAUUGUGUUAUGCUCCAUUCCUUAAACUUGAGUGGGGUUUGUACUAUUACACAAUUUGACUGGAUGAUGCAGUCAUGAAUUAAAUAGUACCACAGGUGACUGGGUGUCCUUGUGUAACCUCUGUCCUUGUAUUUUGUCAACAUUAAUUACCAUCAGUUGCAUCUAAGCAUGGACACGAGGCAAAAAAACAUGUUCUAAUAGGAUGCCAGACAUGACGCGUUUUGCCGCCAAACAUUUGAAGCUUGAUGGCCACUAAAGAAAACUGUCACGCCAGAGGUUGUUCAUAUGUUUUUGAUCAAUGUGUUCUGCUCAUUUAUUUAUCUCAACUAUCGGGGAUAUUUCUCGCUCAAAAUCAGCACACUUGCUUUAAACACUUGCUUUAAAGAACUACUUUUUAGAGUUGACAACUCCAGAAACUCUUCUUAAAAACUAUUGCGAUGAAUAUUUCGUUCAGCUUAAACAAAUCAUGCAUUUACUCUGCCACACUAGGCUUUGUGCUAAAUACUGCCAAUCUGGUUAGAUAAAAGGUUAUUGUAUAAUAAUUAAAGUAAUUUUUACCAUAUAUAUUAUGAAGACUUAAUAAGGUUUAAUAUGCAUCCAGUGACAUUUAUCAUUUUCACCUUUACAGAGAAUUGAAGCUGGCAAGAUCUAAGCUACUAAAUUAUCUAACAGAUCCUUCAAAUGAUGCCAAGUCAAUUCAACAGGCAACAGAGAUAUACUUGUCCUUUUUCCAUGGCCUUAUUAAUGAUCCUGUCGCAGGGUCUGGUGACAGCAAGCUCCGGAAGUUAGUCAUGUUUAAGUGGACCAACUCUAUUUGUGGUAAUACGCCAACGUAAGUUUCCAAAACAAUAGAUACAGUCAGGUAGUCAGAUAAGUCAAACUUGAUUCUAUCUAUUUGCCUUCAGUUGAUUUCAGAUGUUCAAAAUAAAUUUAAUGGAAAAUAUUAUCAUUACUUAGCGAUCACUGAAGUCCAUUGCUAACAUGGCACUGGCCGGGUUUCAGGCUAGGAUAUUUUUUAUCUCUGGUUUUUCUCCUGGCAUACAGAGGAUUUUUGCCCUAACCAUACUCAAUUGGUGGUCCCUAGCAACUUUCUUUUGCCUUAAUAUGGUAGCAGAUGUCUUGGGUGCCUUGAUGCCAGGUCGAGAUGUUGAUUUAAGCAUGGGUUGGGUCUCCAAGUGAUGUUGAUGAGCUUUUGAUGACAGAUAAGUACCAUCUUGACCAGCCAUUGGCCAUCACCAUAGUGCCGAGCUCCGGUAAUACUGUAGGAAACCUAUACGUGUACAUGUCCCUCUUUUCACUCAUACUGGUGUGGGCACAACUCGCUACUCGCGGCUUUGCUGCUCAAAUACUGAUAUACCCCACUCGGUCACUUACAGAGUCUCGAGCAAAGAGGGACUGCUUGCAGUCUGUAUCAAGUGCCUCCCCCCCCUCAGGAUUUAUAGUAGCUGUGCUGUUUGACAUUAAUAUUGCACUUUGAUUUAAUGAUAAUAUUUGGCUCAUCUAUCUGCUUUGAAAGGCAUUGAUUAAUACCUUAUUUGCAUUUUGUUGGCUUGUUGAAGCUCUCCAUAGACAUGUAUACCUGCCAACUCUCACGCCUUAGGCGUGAGUCUCACGCCUGCGGGUUGAAAACUUCGAUCUCAUGCCCGCUCACGCCUGCGGACCAAUUUCUCACGCCUGAUUGAAAAAUGUGAGUUGUUGCCGUCUUGCUUGACACAAUUUCCAAAAAUAUGUUAACUCAGACCCAUGUAAGGAACGAAAACCAUGUGUAAAAUGAAUAAAUGACAAUACCUUCCUCGCGAUCUCUGAUUUUGUGGAUAAGCGUUUUCUCGAUAACUUCGCCUUCGGCAGACUUCGGACGUCUUCCGAAGACUUCGGACUUCUUUGGGAAUCUUCGGAAAUGAUCGUGUCGUUUUCAAAAACCCCAGCACUCCCAGGAUAAAAAUCUCACGCCUACAUCUCAGAAAAAGUUGGCAGGUAUAGACAUGCAGCUGUAGCACUUGUGAUUUCAUGUACACCUAUAAACUGAGUUUACAGUAAAUGAAGUGCUGAUCAUGAGUCACAGUUUUAAAAUUUACUUUGAGUCAAACUGUUAAUUUCAAUAACAGCGGAAUUGAUAACAAUGGGAUUAUUCUGAUGUGACACAGCAUUGCUUAUUAAUUUUUAUCUUCUAUAGAUGUGAGGCUGACAGUGUUUUUGAACUAACAUCCAUGUGUAUUGAUGUUGCCAUUUGGUACACAAAGUAUGCAGCUAAACUGGCAGCUAAGGGAGAGUAAGUAAUAUUAAUAUAGCAUUUUCAAUUUGAAUGGGUCAUUAAUUUGCACAAUGACAUCUUUUCACUACUAAGACCAGAAUUCAUUUUGUUUAUUCUUUCAUCUUUAAAUUUGGUAAUCCAAGAGAGGUUUAAAUAGCAAAAGGAGGCAGCCUUGCCAAGCGGUUAGAGAGCCUGUGGACUUGCAAUUCGCAGCCUGCCUCGAGUUGAAGUCCCGCUCUGACCGCUGGCUGGAUUUGUUCACGGUAUUCCUGAGUUCAAAUCCUCGACCACGCGGCUUGUAAAUAGCCAGCUGGUUUGCCUCUGGCCAGUUGGAAUUCUUAACCCUGUUAUGUUUGAUUUGAAUUAUUUGUUUCAUAAAUCAGCCAUUUGCUCGGCCCCACUAGCAUAAGUGCCAUAAAUACUGCCUAGUUAUCAUUAAAAGUCCUAAUUUGCUGAGAAAGAAAGCAAAACCCUAAAGGAUUCUGGUAGUUAAAAUAACACUUUUGUGCAAAUAGCCUAUUGAAAAAAUGAAAGCAGGAAUUUUGUGAGAUGUUUUUCAUUGGAACUUUAAGAUAGCCCUACUCUGUCUUUUUAUAUACAUUUUUUGCAAUUUAUCAGAGGUCAAUCAAUGAUACUUUUCAGUUUAAUUUACAUAUACAAGUGUCACGUACAUUUUGUUUUCAUUUUGAAAAAAAAAAACAUAUACAACAUGCAAAUUGAUGUCGUCAAAGUUUUCUUGAAUGAACCGUGUGAAAUGUGUUGGUGCCUUCAAUAUUGCUCUCGUCUCCACAGGGUUACUAUGGAUGAAGCAAAGGAAGUCCACACAACCCUUAGAACGGCAGCAGGCAUAUUUAAAUUUGUAAAGGUACUACUGGUUGUAGUCGUAGUAUUAAAGUGGUUUGUCCUAAACUCAUGUUAAAAAUUAUUUUAGUCAUACAGUAAUCUGCUGUGAUUGUAUUUUCCGCAUGGUAAGUAAAUUUAUUUACACAAUCAAUUAUUUUUACAGGAAAGUCUGAUGCCACGCCUUGGUGAGUUAUCGGCAGAGAAGGGUGCAGACACUGAUCAAAGAGUGUUGGCUGCUUAUCAGAAGCAGUGUGUUGCAGAAGCCCAGGAAGGUUAGUGCUGGAGUCUUGCUUAGUGGUACAUUGUCAGUUAAUUUUUUAGCUUUUUUUCCCCACUAUGGAACCUGGUACCAGGCUAGCUUUAGUAUUGAAGUUAUCAGUCAUUUUGAUACAAAUUCCUUUCAAUUCAAGUCAUUUCAAUACAAGUUUAUUCACGGUUGCGUUGUAGUUUCAUGUACUUGGCUUAUUUAAAAGAAAGAAAAAUAAUCACCCAAAAUGUUUUUCUUAUUCACGCGCAAACUAUACUUGUAAUGAGGUACCCAGACUUUUUGUGCAAUUUCACUCCUUGAGUUCAUAUUGAAAUGACUUGUAUCGAAACAGCCUUGGAUUGAAAUGACCAGUUAGCAGUAGUGCAUGAAGAGUACUCCACUGCACCCGCACCAAUUUGAUGAGUCUGUCCCAUUCCCUUCUGUAAGCCAUGACAGACUGAACUUCCUACUCUCUAAGACUAGUAUCUCACUCUCUCCUUGGUCAAUGAAUGUCGUUGCUGGGUGUCCCCUUGACUGUCUGCCAUGUUUUGGUCCUGAAAGUAGUCGUUGGGAAAUAAUCUCAGUCGAUCUUGCUUCUACAACAGUGGCCACUAAACUCACAGCAGCUAGCUGGCAUAUUUGGAGACUUGUUGAAUUCGGAGUCAAGUCCUCCUAGAUCCGGUGCCUCUUUGUCAGAUAAUAAUUAUGUGGUCAUUCCACUAACUGACAUUCAGAGCAACUGGUAGGAGCUUUGUGUAGCAGCUGUAUCCAGUUGUUUUUCCAAUGCAGUGGUAAAGGUUGAACUCUCCGACCAGGCCCCAGUACUUCAAAAGCUGGACUAAUGCUAUUCAGGGGAUAAAUCUCUAUCCAGUAGAUAAUGCAAUCAGUUUCCCUGAUACAGUGGAACCCCGAUACAACGAUCCUCGAUAUAACGAUAUCCCCGGUAUAACGAUAAAUAUGCUAUGUCCCGGCAAAAGUUACAGUAAAAUGUAUGGGACAGAACCCCGAUAUAACGACCUUCGAUAUAACGAUAUUCCCGAUAUAACGAUGAGUUUUAAGGGCACCGAGCGUAAAAUCUUCCCCGAUAUAACGAUAUUACAGUAUCAGUACACAGAUACAAUUUAAACAAAACAUUGAAUUUAAUACAAUAACAUUACAGGAAUCGAGUACAGUAAUCUGUAACGUUUCUGUCAACAGCUUUCAGUUUACGAUGCCUCUUUAUCCUCCUUGUCAUUUAAUAGUUCUUUCAGUUUUGGUAUUUUUGACUCCUUGUGACAAAAAGUAAGCAAUUAGAGAUUUUAUUAUUACGUUGGAUGAUUCGGACGAACAAGAGAGAGAAUUCCUUUCCUCUCUUUCAGCGAUGGAGGAUGUGUUUUCAAGAUUGCAAAUAAAACAAACGAGGCAAAUCAAACUUGAAGAGUACUUUAAUUAAUGAACAAGUGUUUGUUAAAAAAGAAAAACAAUGAACACGCAGACAGCGAAAAGUAACGACGAUUACAGUCGCAACUUCAAAUGUUUAAGUUUUGUUUUGUUUCCCUUUUACGAUUCAUACCACAGACUUUGUUGUGUAACCUUGAUAACGUCUAAUGCUUUGCAAAUUGUUUAAGGACAUUGCUGCGUGCUUGAAACGCUACAUUUGUUAGUCAUUUGAUACUCAUUACAAGUUUACUUAAACAAAUUAUGUAGUAAAAAAAGUACAUGUUCAUUUUACCCCGAUAUAACGAUAUUUUCGGUUAUUAUGGCAAUAUCGUUAUAUCGGGAGUCUCGAUAUAACGAUACCUCGAUAUAACAAUCUAAUUCCGCUGCUCCCUUGGCAUAUCGUUAUAUCGGGGUUCCACUGUAGUAGCUAUCCACUGGAUAGUGAUUUAUCUGAUGGAUAGCACUAUCCAACAUUUGAACUACUGGGGCCAGCACCAUACAACAUAGAGUUAACAGAAGAGUUUCUAAUUCUGCAAGGCCUUCUUUUUUUUUUUUUUUUAAUAAACACUAGGUCUUAUAAAAAGCGUAUAUCUCAAAGAUUAUCUCUUAACACUAAACUACCUCAUCCAUUUUCUCCUUCUUUUCAGUGACUGUGGCUCGAGCAGUGGAACUUAAACAUAAAGCAUCACUCAUCUCGGCUCUCACCUAUGAGACAUCAAAAUUAUUUACUGAUGCAGGUAAGCUGAUCAUUACUAGUAACAAUUCAAUUAGUUCAUGUGUUAGGUAAUAUACUUCAUGGCUAGGAUGAGGACCUUGCGCAAGUUGAGAUCUGAUUAUGAUUACGUCACUAGGUACUGAUUUAGCCGAUAGUGUUGUCUUUUUCAUCCUUUUUUUCCAAUUUAAAAGUGAUACCGCACCUAAUGGCAGAGUAGCGAUAAGGAGUCGAAUUCAUGAAUGUGAAUCAUUGUUUAUUGCAGAGAUGCACUUAGCUGCUCUAGCUUAAGAUAAAGCGUCUUACUUUACGUCGGUACUAUUUCGGAACAAUGUAGCACUCAUUAGACUGAGAGCCUGUUUACACAAAUUAUACAUGUAUGAAAGUGGGAAACCCAAGGUUGGUUAUAUGCAGGUAACCCGAUUAGGUGGGGCCACCAUUUUGUCCACAUGGUCACCCCACCUAUCAUGUAAACGUGAUCAAAUUAAAAUGAGAUUAUAUGGACAGGUGGGUACCCCACAUAAGAAGGUUAUCUCACCUACCUGGGGUCCCCCACCUCAAUGUCAACAGGCUCUGACAAACCUGAGGCAGGCGAUGCAGCGAAUUUACCAAGCCAUUUUAAUCUCGGAUGUACAGUUGUUUAUCCUUAGCACUGUCAGAUGACAACAGAAACAUUUUGUUACGAAUAAAUUUUGGAUGCCUUUCUUGAUCUGGUGCUGGAAUACUAAGCAACUGCUUAUAUCCUGCGUCAAACGUAAAAAUAAAUGUGUGAGCAAGUUGUAACUCAGUUUACUUUUGGUGGAGAAUUUGUGCGAGAUUUUCUUUUAGCCAAUCGCUGCUCACAAAAUAGAUAGUGCCCUCCAGUGGAGGAAUAUCUCUCCAGUGAAUAAUGCAAUCGGUUUUCCUACUACUUAAUUAAUUAUCCACUUGAAAAGAUUUAUCUGAUGGAUGGCAUCAUCCACAAGCUUGUGAACAACUCGGUUAGAAGUGUCUAGGUAGCAAUCUACGAUACACAUCAUUUAAAGAAGCUCUAACUGAUGCCACGUGAAUUUAUUUUUGCAGGUGACGAAUUGAAGUCCGUAGAUCCACUCAAGGCAGGGAAAUGGAAGAAAUAUUUGGAUCUCAAAGCUGCCUUCUAUCUGUCUUACGUAAGUUCAAUUCUUCAAGCCCUUGUUACUGAACGGAAACAGUAUACCGUCAAAUGUUUGGUUUUGAAAGAAAUUGUAUGGAGGAAGAACACAUCAUUCGAAAUUUCAGAGCCUCUGAAACCUGAGCCUCUCUUGAAGAGCUUUAAAGCUUCACAUCUGCGAAAAUCUCUUCUAUCAUCGACUCGAAGGUGCUGAAAUACUCAGUCUUAGUCAAAAUUUAUGUGUUUCCUUGAGAAGAUAUUUGUUUGAAGUUUUUACACUCGCACAUAUUCUUCAUAUUAUUAAUUUUUGUUUUACAAAUACUAAUCAGAGGUGGCUGCGUUGAGUUUAAGGUCCAAAUGUAUCAAGGUCCUCCUCCUCUUCCGAGAUUUCGCUUCGCCAUUAUUUCUCUGUAAAAUAAUAAAAUUUAAUGUGUUCAUCUCGAGAAGGCAGGCCUUGUAGGUGGUCAGCCCGGCUGACUGGGAUGAUAAUUAUGGAGACCUCUAUUGAACGUUAAUCUUUAAGUUCUUGCUUGAAAGUGGUGUUUUAUAUGCAGAUGUUAGUAGCUGAGUUGGGGAGGUUCUUUAAAUACCAGAGGCUGGUGUUUGUUCAUGUUCAUUGCAGGCCCAUUGUUUUUCUGGAGACACUCUGCUGGAAGAGGAUCAGUGUGGAAAAGCAAUCCGUGCUUUGCGGGAGAGUGAUAAAAGUAAUUCUUGAUGUUUUUUUGUUGUCGUUGUUAUAAUGUUCAGUUAGUAAAAAGAAGGAAAUUUAAAGAGAAGCAGCCGUUCACCCGUUCCAGACGUUCAUAAGUGAUUCGAUCUGGAACAACUUAACUAAGAGACUUGCCAGUUACGUUAGAAAAUAUGAUGAGCCUUAAAGCUCUCACUGCCAAAGUACAUGAGGAGUCUUGUAAGGUAGUUCUAACUUUUGAGGCUGUGGACGAAAUCCUUUGAUGUGACCAUUCAAAUGAAAUCUCUUUGGCAGUACUUUUACACGGUUUUAUCAAUUUUUCAGGAACUUCUAUGUAAUGAAAUUUGGAAAUUUGAUUGCAGUUAAAUGUUAAAUUUGACCACUUUGGCAGUGAUGGGCUUACUUUGUACCUCGUCUAUAGAGCAAAUGUUAGAGUUUUGAAAACUAUGAUUUCUACUGUUUUGUUCACCAAACCUUUUCUCUUGCUUUUCUGUCCUCAGUGUACAAGAAAGCCGAAGCAAUAUCCCGCGAGUACUCUAGUACCAAGGGCCCUGGCACCACUGCAAGGCCCUGGGAACAUCCGUUCUUUUUAAAACUAGGCCCCAUCAUUAGGAAGAAGCUAGAGAAAGCUACCCACGAGAAUGGCUUCAUGUAAGUCAUUUACUUGUACAUUGACCCGCCAAUAGGCCAGAGGUCAAUUUAAUAAAACUUUUACAAGGGUAAUUUAUUAGUGUAGCUAUUGUUUUCGGACCCUAAAACGAUACCUACACUUAUAAAUUACACUGGUAAAAAUUUUACUAGGUAGUUGCUAUUUCCUUUCUAGAUAGCACGGAAGACUCAAGAAUUAGAGAAGGCAUUGCGCGCAAGAAAAAGGAAAACACUUGCCUUGGGGCGGAAACUGGACCGUUGCCUAGGCCAUACCGCUUUAACCUUUAGUUAAUCGGAAGAUUAUUAAUGUAUAAAGGACUGGUGUUUCUGUUAUCGCACGAGAGACUUUGAUAGGAGUCUAACGUUUACCUUUUUCUUAAGUUAUUUCCAUAAGAUCCCAGAAGAGGCUCCAGAUCUGGAGCUGAAAGCCACUCAUGGAUUAGCGAGCCCUCAAGAGUUUACACUGCCAGCACCCCAUGCCAUGUGGGGAGGCGAUACUUAUGCUGGAUUUGAUGUGUCCAAGGCUCAUCCUCCACAACCGGUAGGUCUUUUAUCCCGGGGUGAUGGGUGGGGGGGAACUCUCUUUAAUUGCCGAUACGGGGAGGCUCUGCCCCAAAGGGGUACUUUUUUCAGGCGUCAGGUAUAUGAAAGGGUAGGGACUUCAAUUCUUGAGGUAUAUGAAAUGGAAUGGAAAUCUGUUAUUUCGGUCAGUAAAAAGGACCGAAAGAGCUAACAGAUGCAUUUUAUGUCUGUGAAAAUAUCGAGAAACAUUCUGUUUUUAUGUAUUCAAAUUUAAAAGACAGUGCACUUACAGCAGUAAAAGGGAUGCAAAGUUCUAAACUAGGUAUGUGAAAGGGAUACCAUUUGUGGAUAGAAGGGAUAAAAGGGAAUCUUACCUUUUCCAUCAAAAAUGGUAUAUAUAAGGGUAAGGGGUUGGACCUCGGACGGAGCCUACCCCGUGUAAAACUUUGUCGAGUAUCCACCUGGGUCUUUUAUUACCAUACCAAUGAAUAGCCCUUAUGCAUGUUUACAUCAGACGACUCGAUUUGAAAUUGUAAAGUUGCCACAAGGCAAUAGAGUUGAAAGGAAUACCCACGCACAAAGAUUGGAAAUGCGCAGAAUUUUGCUUACAAACGACGGAGGCUCGGUGGUGAAACUGGCUUAUCUGACGUAAUCAUGUAUAAGGGCCAUUAAAGUUAUUUCGCUAUUACUGUACCUUAUUCUUCAUCGCCAUUAGAGCUACAUUUGGUUUACCUUUCUUCAUAACGCAGGGCUAUCUUUUCACAAAUGCCUUGGAGUUCUCUCUCCCGACUCCACCCUGUACAAUGUUGAAACUCGGGACGAAUUGUGGACACGCGGCUCACCGUUGUAUAUCUGGUCGGGGAUGGGUUGGGUUUGUGUUGUUUUAAUACGCGCCACGAAUGGAAAUCUCUUUGUCCCAAAACUUAACUCCAUGACUGUAGAACAAGUAGCUUGAGGAAAGGCACCACAUUGUUUGGGGAGAGUAGGAAGGGAGGAAUGUCGUUAAGGAAAAAGCGUCUCAACUAAGUUUCUGGCUGAUUUUGGUUGGUUUACCAGUCAAUUCCAAAACCAGGCAUACCCCGGGCAUUUGACUGGAGUUUUGCUCCGUGCAGAGGGGAAUUUGACCCAAAAUGUGGUCCGACCAGUCGGGCAUUUGACUUUCCAGUCAAAACGCUGGUCAGCGUCGCAAAAAAAGGAUUUCGUAACUCAUUUCACUUUUAGCAUGUACACCGUGUUCACGGGUCAUUGCUCCUACAUGUAUAUUGGUUUGUUGGAGCAUCUGAGAGCCUUUGAAAAAGCCCGUUAAAUGUGGACUUGCUGGAAUGAACAAUUUUAUUGACACGAACAAACCUCCGCAUAAAACAGCUUUCCAAGACGUCGUAAGAUAUUUCUGUUGUCUUUAGUUGGAUAUUUACGUACAUUUGAAUGAACGGUUUGACGAGUGAGAAAUUUUUGAAUACUCGCUGGUGGAUGGGGGAUAUGAGGCUUUUUGAAGCGCUAGCCGGUGGGGCGUUUAACCCUCUAAAAUGCCAACAUACCGGGAAACUUGGGUGAAAAUUUUCAAAACAAGUCAAAUGCCCGGGGGUUUACCCGGGGAGGGGGGCGGGGGCAAGGGUGGUUUUGGAUAACGCCACCUUCACAUUUCCCAUAAUGCGCCUUAUUUGCCCCACCCCCAAAAAAAAUAUGCUUAAGGAUUGUUUUCAAUUUCUCUUUGGACAGCCGUAAUACCCAGGAGAAAUGAAAAACAAAGGUUAUGGAAAAUUUGGCGGGGGGGAGUGGGUGGCAAAUAAGGUGCAUUAUGGAAAAUGUGAAAGUGGCGUAUUGACUGGAACAUAAAUGCAACGUAUUGAUUUUUGUACAGAAAUCCCAAGGUGCAGCAGGAGAUGUCAAACCCGUCCCAGAACCGGAAGAUUCAAGUCCUGUGAAACCAGCCAACAAUUCUUCUGGCUGCGUGGUGUCUUGAACCGUCCAAAACCACAAACAUCUAAAAUUAGGGCCAAACGUCCAACUUUUCAUGAGACGAACCAAAGUUAGUAAGUUAAGUUCAUGAAAAGCUCGACGUCUGGCUCAGUUAAGUUCGUGUGAAUGAGUUUGGAUCGUCAAAUUGAAACACGCUUUAUCCGUCCGCUUUAGAAGGUAGACGGUGUAACUUUUCCGCGGUUUAUUUAACAAAAAAUAUGUAGAAUUGUUCGUCGCGACAACGAAGACUGUUCGUUAUAAACGUGCUUCCGCAAAGCGGGUUUCAACUGUGUGACUGAAGACUUUUUCGUGCCACAUGUUAAGUUCGACGUUUGAUCUAACAGUCAAACUUAGCGAAUGGCAAUUUGGUUCGUCUCAUGAAAAGUUUGAAGUUUGGCCUUGGUCUAAAACUUCAAUCCAAUAUCAUUUCUCCUACACUGUUUAGAAUGGAACAGAGAUAUUACCUUGAGAACAUUCUAAUUCUCUUUGGUUUGAAGGGUUUAUUUUUCUCAAAAAGCUUGGCGAAUUCAAUGGAAAAAAUCCCAAAAAUUUGUUUUUAGUAUUACCAAGUGAAAGUAAAGCUGAAAAGGUUUCAGUUGAUUGGCCAAACCCUAACCCACACUGGAAUAAAAUUGUAUCCACAGAUUCAAAAAAUAAAACCUGUUUAUGAAUGUAAUAAAUAGUACCAUGUGAAAGUAUUGCUCGACAGGUUUCAUUUGAGAGGUUACACCAUAGGAUUGCAUCCACAGACGUAAAGUAAUGACUGAAUGAGGAAAUAUUUUACAGACACCCUUAUAUAUAUUAUAUUAAUUAAAGGAAGAUGAUGAUGGGCGGUGCAACACUAACGACAGGCCGAUCCAGCCUCUCUUGAAUGAUCGUUUCGCUUGUCCCCAUUUUGCUUGUAAAGCUUUCACCUUUUCGCAUUGUCUGUUCUAGGUUUUCAAAGGGGUUAAGGAUACUCUGAGAAAAUACCCUUUUUAACUGAGUUUUAUAGAACUUUAAUAUUUUUACUAUUUUUCCUGCAAAAUUUAUUAUUUUGAAUAUACAGUGUAGUUUAACAUGACGUCACGGCUGCCAUAUUGGUGCUUCAAAACAAUGAAACGGUUAUGUGGGGAUUUGAGUUAAUAACUAGGAAAAGCGGGAUUGAAGAGACCACACUCCUCUCCAGAUUUUCACCCUUUAUCCUCCACUGGCGGGAAGAGGCAGCUUAAAUUGAAUGAUCGUUGAGAUUUAUGCAUUACUACCAGUGUUGUAAAAAUAAGUCAAUCUGUUUAUCUCUGGUUGUCAAGGCUCAUAAUGAACUGGUAAAUAAAAU